AUGGGAUGUCCCAGAGCGUUGGCCUCUAUCCUGCCCCUGUGGUUGUUCUUUGGGAGAGCAGCGGCCAACACUCUUCAUGAGCCGGAGCUCUGUUAUAUUCUGGACGGAAUCCUCUUCCUGUACGGACUGGUCCUGACCACGCUGUACUGCAGGCUCAAGAUCAUGAGUUAUAAGAAUCCACCAGCCGCAAAACCAAAGAAGGGCGCUAACGACGGGAUCUAUGAAGGUCUGACUCAGCCCGCCGACACGUACGAGACCAUCGGGAUGAAGACCUAA